GCAGAUAUGGCAGGUCUGAGAAGCUCAAGGAAAGGAAGUAAAAGCUCUACGACAGCAAAACAUGGCAAUUCAGCAGGGACUGCUAGCCCACUGGUAUUCCGGCUCCAUAAUGGUGUUCCUGAAGUAGUACGGGAAGUUCUACUGGAACGUGGCUGGACUGAGUAUGAUGAGCAUGAGCAAGACAAUGAAGACUGGAAUCUGUAUUGGUGCAAUUACCCUUUCCGAAUGACAGACCACAGGAGCAUUAAGCCAUGGCAGCGACUCAACCACCAUCCAGAAACCAUCAGGAUCACCAGGAAGGAUUAUUUGGCAAGACACUUGAAACGCAUGAAAGGAAUUUAUGGAACAAACCUCUAUGAAUUCAGCCCAAUGGCAUUCAUCAUGCCAAAUGAUUACAUUAAAUUUAUAACAGAGUACACCAAGGACAGGCAGAUACCAGGCAAAAAGCUGAGCUACUGGAUCUGCAAACCCGUAGAUAAAUCUCGUGGAAGGGGAAUACUCAUUUUUCAGGACAUUAAAGAUUUUGUCUAUGAUUGCAUGGUCAUUGUGCAGAAAUACAUCAGUAAUCCUUUGCUUAUUUCUGGAUAUAAAUGGGAUCUCCGUCUCUAUGUCUGUGUCACAAGUUUUUGUCCCCUCACUAUUUAUACUUAUGAAGAAGGACUGGUGAGGUUUGCAACAGAGAAAUUUGACCUUGGGUCCCUGGACAACAUUUAUGCUCACUUGACCAACACUAGCAUUAAUAAAUUUGGGCCUUCAUACAGAAAAGAUAAAGAUGUCAUUGGCUCUGGAUGCAAAUGGACUUUCAGCCGAUUCCGAGCCUACCUACGUAGUCGCAAUGUGGAUGAUGUACAACUGUGGCAGAGGAUCAACCACAUUGUCAUACUAACCCUCCUUGCCAUCACUCCAUCAGUACCACUUACAUUUAACUGUUUUGAACUCUUUGGAUUCGACAUCUUGGUUGAUGACAAAAUAAAGCCCUGGCUUCUGGAAGUCAAUCACAGCCCAGGCUUACGUUUGGACUGUGCCACUGAUGCAACUGUGAAGAGAAAGUUGCUCCAUGACAUUAUUGACUUGCUGAACUACAAGGAGAGUGAUCAUUUAAGAAAACACAAAGGAGUUGGCAGGAGAGUUUCAUGUUUUAGUCGAUCCCACCCUUUGCUGACUACUCGAGCAGAGGACUCCUUGGAUUUCCUGCCUUGUGGAAAAGGAAGCAAGUCUGCAGCUACAUCCCCAUGCUCAUCUCUCUUGCAGAUUAAUAAAGGAGCCUCAAUAUUUGGUAGAACAGGCUGUGCUUAUCCCAAGAAAACGUUAACCUCUCAGUUGCGUGAAAGGAUGAACACACCAAAAACACUACUGCAAUCAAAGUCACAAUACAAAAGCAAACAAACAUUAAGAACUAGCAAUUCACUGUGUGAACCUGUUCAGUCGGCCUACUGGUUCAGUUCACCUGAGCUAUAUAACCAUAAACCGUCUGUCCCUCCAUAUUUUCUCUCAGAUAAAGACAGGAGACCAUUCCCUCGGGUGGGAGACUUUGUCCUUAUAUUUCCUUUCAAUGAGGCUGCACUUGAAGCAUCUAAGGAUGGAAUAAAUGUCAAAAGCAUAAUUCAAGAAAUACACAAAUUAAUGCACAAAGAAUUGCAACCAGAGCACAGGAAAUUAAAUAAAAUAUUAGCUUAG